AUGGCGUCCAAAGUCAAACAAGCCAUACUAGAAAUCACUAUGGAGAAAGACAAGAAAGAUAAAGGUGGGAAGGCCUCCCCACAAAGUGAAGAAGAAUCCUACCUUCUGGAAGAGGUUGAAAGCAAGAAGCCUGGGGGAAAUGUCAGAAGGAAAGUCAGGCGGUUUAUGCGUAACUUUCGAUGGGCCAUACCUAAUAGACAUGUUGAUCACAAUGAAGGGGAAGAGGAUAUUGGGAGAUUUGUAGGGCAGGAGAUGGAAGCCAAGAGAAAGAGUAAGAGACAGCAGACAAGGCCUUACAUGUGGUUCCUCACACCGGAAUCUGACGAUCAUUACGACUUUUGCCUCAUACCUUGA